GGUUCCAUAACAUUACGCAAAAAAAUCACGUUUUUAGGGUUCCGUACCCAAAGGGUAAAAACGGGACCCUAUUACUAAUACUCCGCUGUCUUGUGAAUUUGUGAUAUUUCAUGGUAAGUAAAUUAUUCGACACGUGAUGCUGAUGGUAGUCGAUAAUGUUAACUAUAAAGACUACUUAAUAUUUAUCACUUAUUUAUUGUAGAUGACUCUGAAACACGAAGCAAUGGCUAUAAAAAAUAUUAUGAUCACGGCGCGAGGACCUUUUUUUGUUUGCGAAAGUGGACUGAAGGACUCUAGCAGGAAGGAGAUAACGCAUCGGAAGAGCACACGAGCUUCAGGACACGAAGACAGCGAGAGGGUGCGGAGGACGAGGCGGAGGGCGCAGAGGCACAAGCAGCAGAGCAGCCGGCGUCGUCGCCGGCAGCUGAAACAUGCUGGGGGUGCGGCAUGCCCCUGCGCCUUUGCCUUAGAGGGCCUCAGAUGGAACCCUCGGCGGCUUCAAUACCGCCGACCCCGCCACCGACCCCGGUUGGGGUUGCGCGCCGUAUUCGACCCUCAAGGCCGGGCUCGGGGCGGACCAGGUCGCGGCCGGUUGCUAUUCCGGGGCGUCAAGACCGACGCACCCGGCCGCCGACCGCAGCAUUACCCUGCGCGGCGCCAGGGUGCAUGCUUUGCAGGAAACCCUACUAGGCAUCUCACUGCCUUGCCUGUCUCUCUCAAAGUCCUCAAGCAACUGCCUUUGCGUUUUGAGAGUCUACAACAAUGGGCUUAUACUAAGUAUUAG